AAAAAUAGAGUCAAUAGCAUUUCAAUUUACUUCCCCCAUUUUCAACAAUUAUCAGUGUAUGGCCAGCCUUGUUUCAUCACCAUCUCCAUUCACUCCCCCUUUCCUCCACUGAUUUAUUUUGAAUCAAAUCCCAGACAAAUAAUUUAUAUAAUUUCAGCAGAUACUAAUAUUUAAAGAGAAAUCUAAUAUUUACUAGCUGCAGUAUAGCUAUCUGAGAUAUAAAAGGACCUGGUUCUGCCUCCAAAACUGUGAUGCUAGGUGAGUUAUUUAGGAUCUCAGCCUCAGUUUACUUAAUCUGUAAAAUGAGGGAAUUGGACUGGAACUAGGUCUGUAAGAGUUCACAUUAGGAGUUCGUGGAUUCCCAAAAUUCUGUAGGAUUGUGCUCUUGUUUGUGUGUGUAGUUAUUUUGUUUUGUUUUUUCUUUUUGAGGGAGUUCACAAAAUCUCAAAUUGUUUUCUAAAAAGAUUAAGACCCAUUAAUAUAUAAGAAUCUUUUCCGUAAAGAGUUUAUUACUCUACUGCAUGUGAUGUGUGUAAAUAAAAUGCCUUUGGGGGGCUGGAUGCUAUAAGUCUUACAGGUGCGAAAGUUAAAUCUUAGAAAUGGUCAUUUUUUGGUUUCAGUAAUUUAGCUGGCUUUUUGGCCUUUAUUGGUAGCAAGCAUUUAAAUGAAUUAGUACCUCCUAUUAUUAAGGUUCCAAAUUGUAUUUUCUUGUAUUUGUCUGGAGACUGUUGAUUCAUCUAUAAUCUAAAUUGUAUCUGAAAUGUUGGUGUAAUAUUUGUUCUCACAGUAGCUGGCAUUUGUUCUGCAGUUAAAUAGUGAGAUAAUAAUCAGCAGUAGCAGCUUUACCGUGGGAAAGGUAGACUCUCAUUCUGUGGAGCAUAGUGUGGAAUCAGUAACUUUCUCACGCUGCUUUGGUAUCAUGUUCUUGCUGACCUUGUUUGAGUAUUCACCAUUGUUUGCUAUCCCAUGGUGCCAGUAUAACUAAUGAUUUUUUGCAAAAAUAGAGAGCUCUUUUAGAUGAGGAAAUAUACAGGAAGGUAUUUACAUAUUACAAGGAAGGCAUUAUUUUCUUCAAAACAAUACCUUGGGCACUUUAGAGUUUUAGUAUGCCUCAAGCCCUGGCAUUUUCACAGUCUGCUAAUGAAUGGGGUUGAAGCAAAACUGCUUCUACAGACAGAGUAGUCCUGUUCCAAGAAGAACUCUGAAGAUGAUUCAGCCUUCUGUGGCUGGAUCUCUUGUUGGAAGAGAAAAUGAGUCGGUUAAAGGCUUGUCCAAAAGGAAACAAUGGAGUGACCAGUCAAUAUCAAAGACUUCCGGCUCUGGAGUUCUUACUGUCCCAGAACAUAGUGAAAAUAAAAAUGUUGGAGGAGUGACUCAAGAAGCAUUUGAUCUUAUGAUUACAGAAAAUCCAUCCUCUCAAUAUUGGAAAGAAGUGGCAGAAAAACGGAGGAAGGCUCUCUAUGAAACACUUAAAGAAAAUGAGAAACUUCAUAAAGAAAUUGAACAAAAGGACAAUGAAAUUGCCCGCCUGAAAAAGGAGAAUAAAGAAUUGGCAGAAGUAGCAGAACAUGUGCAGUAUAUGGCAGCAGUAAUAGAGAGACUGAGUGAUGAACCUCUGGAUAAAUUUGAAUCACUGGAUAGUCAAGAAUUUGAUUCUGAAGAGGAAACUGGUGAGGAUUCUGAAGUAGAAGACUCAGAAAUCGGUACGUAUGAUGAAGAAGUCUCCUCCUCUACAGAUGCAAAACCAUCUACAUGAAAUUCACUAAUACUUGACUCUUGAGGAAAACACUGCCAAAGUUUACCUCCGCUGUAGUUCUUUGUAGUAGAGUAAAUAACUUUAUAAGGCAAAUAACUUUAUAAGGCAAACUUGGAAUCAGACUUCCCUGUUUGUAUCCUGGGACCCUGUUACUGUAUUAAAAUACAAAUACUAUGUAUUUUUAAUCUAUGAUAUUUUGUGUAAAUAGCAUUUUCUCAGUUGUCAGACAUGACUUGUGUAUAUAAUAAACUUCAUUCUAUUGA